CACCUACUUCCUCUUCUACUUUUAUGCCUGGCCAUCCUUCAUAUAUGCCAAUGUCGAAAAUAUCAACCCAACAACAACAACAACAACAACAUUAUCAUGCACAUACUCCCGUUUCAUCCUCAAUCUCAAUAUCAUCAGCGCAUCUUCCUGUAUCACAUCAACAACGUCAUCGGUACCAUUGUCCACAUUGCAAUAAAACCUUCUCUCGACCAUCAUCAUUACGAAUUCAUAUCUAUUCUCAUACUGGUGAAAAGCCACAUGUAUGUCCUUACUUUAAUUGUGGACGUCGGUUUAGUGUACAAUCCAAUAUGAGGCGCCAUAUUCGAGUGCAUGCUGCUGGAAACAUGAUGAACAAUAAUAAUAACAAUAAUAACUUACCACGUGGUGAACAUCGGCUACCGUUAGAUCCCUUAUCUUUACCCCUUACUGGACCUUCUACUAUGACUUCAGCUAUUGACCAUCAUCCAUCCCAUCAUCUACAUAACCCUCAAUUUAUGCUUCAUGGACAUUGAUUUGAUACUAUUUACUUUUAUGACCUUCCUUUGUUUAUUAUAUCUAUAUUCUAUUUUAUUUCUUUU